AUGACGCCAUUCAUUUUCCUCACGUACUUUUAUCUUCUUGCACCACCACCCCCUGGCACGACAUUGUUCUCUAUCCCUGCCACCACCGUGGAUACAUUCUUUUCCCCAGCAAACGCGAUUAAAAACUUCACUGGUCUCAGUUUUGCUGCUCAGACUCUUGCUACGAUACUCGGUGUUAUCCACACAGCUGAAGGGCUGUAUACCUUGUCACUUUGUAGGUGUUCUGUGAAAGGCUUGGCAGUAACGGCUGUUUAUGUCGGCUGUUCUAUGUUGUUCGGAGUUCACAUAUGGAAAGACCUCAAAAUCUGCAUUCAGGAGAAACGCACUGAAGCUGCGACAAAGGGACAGAAUUUCUUUCCUGGCAUGCAGCGUGGUGGGAGGAGCAGGCCGUUCGCAGGACUGGCUUGACCGCAGCAGAACGGGAGGGUAUGCACGGAUAUGCCAGACGCCAGGCUGCGAUGCGGAGGGCUACGCGAGACCGAUUCCUAGCCCUGUGGAGUGUAGUACUGGU